GGCUCGCUCCAGUGGAAAGAAGACCGCGAGCGCGCAAAGACAACCCCGAACAUGCCCCGAUUUCGGAUUUAGUUGUGGGGCGGCUCUCGGCGCUAGACGCUUCGCUUCGCUUUGGCGCGGCAAUGAUUUUACGGGGACGUCAUCCAGAUCCGCCCCCAGAAAGCAGUACGUAAAUUUCGUCAAUCGACACUACAGCGACGACUCUUGCGAUCGCAAAGACCCAGCUGCCUUGACCUGUAAUUCCGAGUCGCAUACGCCAGAAUCGAAGCCCACACACAAUACGUUCACAAGCAACAUGCGCACAUCAAUCCAGACCGGCGUACGAGACGUAUCUCGCCUAUGCGCGAGAUGCCGGCGACAAGCGACAAUGGCCCGGCCAUCCGGUGCGGUGACCGUGGCCGCCGCCAGCAGUCCGUUAGCUACAACACAUGCACGAUGGGCAUCUGGAGUAUCGUCUGUGAUUCCCAGUCAAAAGCGGUGGAUGUGCAAUACCGUUCCGCUGUCACGGCCGGCGACGGCGGCACCAGACAGCGAAACAGCGACCGCCGCCGCGAGCACGCCAGACAACACCAUCCCCAAGACGCACUACGACUUCUUCCCCAUUACCCUCCCCGACGGCCCGCCACCCAAGGGCCACUUCCCCAUCGACCAGCGCGCCCUCCGCCGCGAGUUCCUCCGGCUGCAGGCCAAAGCUCACCCGGACAUGCACCCGGCGGAGCUCAAGACGCGCGCGGAAGCGACGUCGGCGCGCAUCAAUGAGGCGUACAAGACGCUGUCGAACCCGCUCCUGCGCGCGCAGUACCUCCUCUUGCUCCGCGGCGUCGACGUGGCCGAAGACGAGACGCUAAAGGUCGAGGACCCGGAGCUGUUGAUGGUGGUGCUCGAGGCGCGCGAGGAGAUUGAGGAGGCGACGGCCGAGAGCGAGCUCGAGGGCCAGAGGGAGGCCAACGACGGGAGGAUACGCGCGAGCGAGGAGGUGCUCGAGACGGCGUUCCGGCACGACGAUAUUGAGACGGCCAAGAGGGAGGCGGUGAAUCUCCGGUAUUGGGUUAAUAUCCAGGAGAGCCUGAAUAACUGGGAGGCCGGGAAGCCGAUUGUUCUGCAGCACUAGCUGGAGAAGUCACGAUUCUUCUAAACGAAUUAAGCAAACGGUGGACUUUUCUAUAUAAAAUGGGAAGGAAGAAAAAAAAAAGACGAAAGAGAGAGAAGAAAAAGC